UGGGGCUGGGGGCGGGCGCCGGUGUCCGUAGCCUGGGGGCUCAGCAGCUGCGGGCCGGCGAAGUCUUACCUGUCCCGGCGCUCGCUCACCUGGUGUCCCGCGGGGAGGUGGAGGCGGCCGAGCACCCAGCCUCUCUGCGUCCCCCUUCCUGCGCCCCACCCUGGGGAGGGGGGCGGACCGGUGGGCGUGGGGCGCCUGGGACUGGCCCGACCUGUGGGACCCGGGGGCCCGGCUGUCUGGGGAGCCCGUCACCCCGAGGCAGCCUGCCCUUCCGGGAUUGGCAGCUGUGGGCGGCGGGAGUCUCGGCGCCUGCAAACAUAAAUUCUGCGGCGGCUCUCAUGGCCGGGACGUGAGCAAGCGAGGCCGGCGUCCCCGACGCAGCUGGACAACCACUCCCCCUGAAGAUCUCCCCACCCCAUCUACAGACAGACAGACAGCAGACAGCACUGCCCAACUCCCUCCACUCCACCCUUCCCAGGGAACCUGGACUCUGAUCCACUCCACAGCCCUGCCCUCCCCCUCUCUGCCCCCCACCUUUGCCCUACCAUGCACCCUCUUUCUGGCUGCUGUCUGCUCCUGCUUUUCUCCGUGGCAGUCCAGGCAGCCCUGGAGAAUCCCAGCGCUGUCCCAGAGCACGUCCAUCUGUCCUAUCCAGGUGAGCCAGGCUCCAUGACCGUGACCUGGACCACGUGGGUCCCGGCCCGCUCAGAAGUGCAGUUUGGGAUGCAGCUGUCUGGGCCGCUGCCCCUCCGGGCGCAGGGCACCCUCACCACCUUCGUGGACGGGGGCAUCCUUCGGCGCAAGCUCUACAUCCACCGGGUGACGCUGCGGAAGCUGCUGCCCGGGGUCCAGUAUGUUUAUCGCUGUGGCAGUGCCCAGGGCUGGAGCCGUCGGUUCCGCUUCAGAGCCCUGAAGAACGGGGUUCACUGGAGCCCCCGACUGGCUGUGUUUGGGGACAUGGGGGCUGACAACGCGAAGGCUCUCCCUCGACUGCGCAGGGACACCCAGCAGGGCAUGUACGAUGCCAUUCUCCAUGUGGGAGACUUUGCCUACAACAUGGAUCAGGACAAUGCCCGUGUCGGGGACAGGUUCAUGCAGCUCAUCGAGCCCGUGGCCGCCAGCCUGCCGUAUAUGACUUGCCCUGGGAAUCACGAGCAGCGCUACAACUUCUCUAACUACAAGGCUCGCUUCAGCAUGCCAGGGAACAACGAAGGGCUGUGGUACAGCUGGGAUCUGGGUCCGGCCCACAUCAUCUCCUUUUCCACCGAGGUCUACUUCUUUCUCCACUAUGGCCGCCACCUGGUUCACAGACAGUUUCGCUGGCUGGAAAGUGACCUCCAGAAAGCCAAUAGGAACCGGGCAGCGAGGCCGUGGAUCAUUACCAUGGGUCACCGGCCCAUGUACUGUUCCAAUGCCGACCUGGAUGACUGCACAAAGUACGAGAGCAAGGUCCGCAGAGGCCUAGGGGGCAAGUAUGGGCUCGAGGACCUCUUCUACAAGCACGGGGUGGAUCUGGAGGUGUGGGCUCAUGAGCAUUCCUACGAACGACUGUGGCCCAUUUACAACUACCAGGUAUUUAAUGGCAGCCUGCACCAGCCCUACACCCACCCUCGAGGUCCUGUGCACAUCAUCACUGGGUCUGCAGGCUGUGAGGAGCGUCUGACCCCCUUUGUCAUCAGGCCGAGGCCCUGGAGUGCCGUGCGCGUUAAGGAGUACGGGUACACUCGGAUGCACAUCCUCAACGGCACCCACAUCCACAUCCAGCAAGUGUCCGAUGACCAGGAUGGAAAGAUUGUGGAUGAUUUCUGGUUGGUGAGGCCUCUGCAUGGCCGGAUGAUGUAUCUCUAGGGACGCGGGUUUCUCUAAUCAGGACCAAGCCUUGCCACCUUGGCUGGAGUGACUGGACCAUUGGCCCUGGCCUGGGUGGGGAGUCAGGGAGGGCCCGCUCCCUGCUCUCUAGAGGCCUCAUGAGGGGUGCAUGCAGCCUGAGGGAGGGCAGCUCUCUCCUCCAGACACAUGGGAGUCCUAGCUGGCUGUGGAGGGAGGGUAGGUAUGUAGGUAUGCACCCUCCUGCCUACCACCGACUGGGCAGGGUACCCAUGUGCCUCGGAAUAAAGAGGCUUGCAGCCCUGUGCACUUACACAUCUGCCAGCCAUGCCCCUGAGCCACCUCCCCGCACCUGGUGCCCACCCAGUGAGGGGCAUCACCAGCCCCAAGUCAGCAGGGUGGGCACAGCUGUCAUGCCAUCACUUCCCAGCAGGUGGUGUUGGCGGCCUUUUCUUCCUGUCCGGGCCCUCUGUCACUCAAGCCUGGCUCCUGCCUCCCUGGCCCAGAAAGAGCUACCCAGUAUCCCUUUGUGCCUCAGUUUCCCAGCCAGUGCUCUCUUCUGUGGGAAGAAGGGAGAUAAAGAGGGGACAUAUUAACAUUUCCGAAUCCUGACUGAGGAACUGAUGGGUCUCAGGAGCUCACAGACCUGUCAAUUUCUUCCCUCUUUUCUUCCUUCCUUUGUUUCCUUCUCUUCCUCUUUUUAUUUAUUCAACCAUUAUUUAUUGAGCAUCUGCUAUGUGCUGGGCCCUGUUCUCAGUUGUAGGAAGACAGCCCUGAACAAGACAGCUCUCUGCCCUUGUGGUGGACAUUGGAACCAGGGAAGUGGACAGGAAACACUAUAAAUAAGGUUACAGACUGAUGAAUGUUCAGAAAAGGGAGGGAAGAGAGAUGGGGAGGGGGACAGUGUCAGGGAGACCUCACUGAGAGGUGACAUUUGAUCUCAAGGAGAUGAGGGAGGAGACAGGUGGGCUGACACCUGAGGGAAGAGCAUUCAAGGCAGAGGAAGAGCUGUGCAAAGGCCCUGACACAGAGACAGGCCUGCCCUGUUAGGAUAUUGGCUAGGAGGCCAAUGCAGCAGGAGCAAAGGGACUGGGGGGUGAGGACAAGGAGGUGACGGAUCAUGUGGAACCUUGUGGGCCACAGUGAGGGAUUUAGGUGGAGCCACAGAGUGGCCCCCCAAGCUGAUGAAGAAUGCGAUCCGACUCCAGCAGGCUUCUGGCUCCUUAGGGCUUUGGGCUGCUGGCAAUGGGUUCCCAGCCCUGCAGGACAACCUCACAGCCUGUCCUGCUUUGUGCUGAGUAAUUUCAGGCUCUUCCAGUCUUAAUCUCAGCACCUUACUCUGCCCGCCCGAGGCUUACCAGCCUUCAGGGAAUUUCUGGAAAGCAUCAAGCCUGGUCACUGUGGAGCCACAGGCCAAAUCCCCAGUGGCCCCCCUCAAGCCUCCCUGGUGACCUCAGCUAAAACAGGCUCCCUCACAAUCUGCGCCCCCUGCUUUCAAUUCAUAGUGCCCUCUCUGAUUUCAUUUAUGUGCUGUCCAUCUUCCUCCUGCACUGGAGGUCUGUGACCAGGGACUUUUUGUUCAUAUCUGAGUCUGUCACUUCCACCAGCACCUCCCAGGCCCCUUAUCAGGCCAGGAUGGUGGCUCACUGGAGGGCUGGCCCGGCAUCUUGUAGGUAGACACUUUAUAAGUAUUUGUUACCUAGUUGCAGGUCAGCCUUGGGCCGGGCUCUGGCCAGGCGACACUGGGGACACCAGGCCACCCAACCCAGGUGACCCACAGUGAGGGGAUGCCACGGAGGGACAGACCAGGGCUGUGAGGUCCUAAACUGGAGAGUCACUGCAGGACCGUUGCCCCCAGGUGGGGCGGGGGACAGGACAGGGUGGAGUCUACAGAACACAAAGGCCUCCCAGCUCUGCUCCACCCCAGGGCAGGUCACCAGCCCACUCCCAGCGGGAACCCAUUUCCUCAUCUGUAACAUAAGAAUGAUAAUGCUUUGCGCAUUGUCUCAGGAUUAAAUGACAUCAGAAGGCUUGCUGUCCGUCUUUGUCUCUUUUUCUCUCAUGCCCCCAGCCAAUCAGCUGGUAAACUCUGUGCUAGGCUUUAAAGUCCACCCGGAACUGCUCUGCCUCGCCCUCCUAAAGCUUGACACCCCCUUGUCCAGCCACCCCAGCUUGGUCCCCUGCUCCCUCCCUGCGUGACAGCCUGCUCCCCGUGCUCAGCCUGCUCAGAGCCUCUCUGUGGCCACAGAACCCCCUCCACCUCCCCACCCUCAUCCCUCACUCCCUCCUGCACCCCAUGCUCAGCCGCACCAGCCCCUGUAUCUGGCACCCCCUACCCCUUGUACCAACCAAGCCCUCCACCCCUCCAGGACAUUGGUCCCAGGUAUCCUCCUGGCUCCCUUCCUCAGGUCUUUGCUCAGUGUCACCUUCUCUGUGUAGCCUUCCUCAUAAGCUAGUUUGAAACAGCCCCAGGCUCAGGAUGUAGCUCAGUGGCAGAGCACCUGUCUCAUUUGUGGGAGGCCCUGGAUUCCAUGC